UUGCCAUCGUCAUGCCUAUCCAGUCUCCCACUGAUAGCUGGAUCCCUCUCAACCCUCACGUGUCGUAUCUCUAACCCUACCCCAACUCCAACCACCACACCGCCAUUCUCCCCCACCACUCUCUCACGGCGGUCGCUCUCCCUUCUUACUCGCAAUUUUUGGUUAUUGGAUAUAGGAACUUGUUGAAUUAACCAAACCGACGAUUUCACCGGUGGGAUCUCCUUCUUUCUCUCUUCCAUAGUUUUGAAAUUUCUCAACGAAAUUGCACAAUUUACUGGAUUCCAUUCGCACUAGUAGGACAGUCGUCUUUCAAUUCGCAUCUCCGUUUAAGGCGGCGGCAGAACAGGUGCUUCUUGGUUAUAUUACAAGGAUAUAAGAAGUCCAAAUCGGUGACAGUUUCUGGCUGCAUAUUGAUAUCUCAUCCUGUAUUUCAUGGGGGCUGGGGAACAAGGCUCACCUGCCAAGCAUUCCAAACCUACUUCAACUCAGGAAACACCUCCACCCUCAUAUCCCGAUUGGUCAAGCUCUAUGCAGGCUUAUUAUGGCUCUGGAGCUGCUCCACCUUUCUUUGCCUCAACUGUUGCUUCUUCAACUCCUCAUCCAUAUAUGUGGGGAGGCCAGCAUCCUAUGAUGCCGCCAUAUGGGACACCGGUUCCAUACCCUGCUCUAUAUCCUCCAGCAGGAGUUUAUGGUCAUCCUAGUAUGCCUAUGACCGCCAGCACCGCACAGCCAAACGCAGAAAUGGAAGCCAAGGCCCCUAAUGGAAAGGAUAGGGUUCCAAACAAAAAGUCCAAGGGUACUUCAGGAAAUGCCAAUGCCAAUGCCAUUGGUGUGAGGACUGGAGAGAGUGGGAAGGCAGCAUCAAGUUCAGGGAAUGAUGGUGCCACCCAAAGUGCUGAAAGUGGAAAUGAUGGUUCAACAGAUGCGAGUGAUGAGGAUGACCAGCAUGAACAUUCUGGAGGCAAGAAGGGAAGCUUCCAUCAGAUGCUUGCAGAUGAUUUCAUUUCUGCAGCGAAUGCACGGAAUAGCAAUUCUGGAUCUAAUGUUCAGACAUCGGUGCCUGGGAAUCCUGUAGUUUCUAUGCCUACUACCAAUCUUAAUAUGGGGAUGGACCUUUGGAACCCAUCAGCUGGAACUGGAUCUAUGAAAAUGCAACCAAAUCAUACCGGUCUCUCACAAACAGUAGUUCCACCACCAAUGGUGGGACGGGAGAACAUGAUGGCUGAUCAGUGGGUUCAGCAGGAUGAACGAGAACUGAAGAGGCAGAAGAGGAAGCAAUCUAAUAGAGAGUCGGCUAGAAGAUCACGACUGCGCAAGCAGGCCGAGUGUGAAGAGCUACAGGCGAGAGUAGAGGUACUAAGCAACGAGAAUCACUCACUUAGGGACGAGCUGCAAAAGCUUUCCGAGGAAUGCGGGAAGCUUACAUCUGAAAAUAAUUCAAUAAAGGAUGAGUUAACUAGGUAUUUUGGACCCGAGGUCGUGUCGAAACUCGACGCACAUCUUCAAUCUCAAACAGACGAAGGUAAAAGCUGACGACAUAGUUGCUUAUUAUUAUACUAUUAGGUCAAAACCCAUUUUCCGAGUCUUCAAAAGGAAUCGACUUUAGGAUUGAUCGAGGAAACACAACAUGUUACGACUCGCAUCUUUUAUGCUUUUUACACACCCAUAACUUUUUUUUAACCACCAUAACUGUAACUUGUCCACCAAAAACUUUCAUAUAUAGAAUAUCUGGUCCUGAUGUUUGUUGUUGUAGGAGUUAGAGAGUUUAUUCAAAUGACCCGAAAUCAAGCGAGAAUUACGCGUUCUCGUUCUCGUUCCCGUUC